AUGAGUAUUUUUUUCAAGCCGCCAAUUGACAUCGAAAUCCUUUUCGAUAAUGAGGAAUCUCGCAAACACGUAGAUAUUGCACCAAGAUCAAGUAAUUCUAGUUACAAAUCCAUGAAGGAAAGCCUGCCCGUCUAUGAGGACGGCGAAUCCCUGGGUGGGAUUGUUACUAUGAGGGUCCGAGACGGUAAAAAGGUAGAUCAUCUGGGUAUAAAGGUGUCCAUCAUCGGGUCCAUUGAUAUGAUUAAAUCUCACGGUAGCAGCAAUUCCACUUCCAAAAAGGCCACAUCUAUCACCUCAUCUUCAUCUUCUAAUGGCUCAGUGGAUAUACGGAAGAAUUCCGUCGAUCAGUUUUUGUGCCAAAGCUAUGAUCUUUGUCCUGCGGGUGAAUUACAACAUUCUCAAAGCUUUCCGUUUCUGUUCAGAGACUUGAGCAAAAGAUACGAGUCUUAUAAGGGCAGGAACGUGGAUGUGGCGUAUUUUGUUAAAGUUACCGUAAUGAGGAAAUCUACAGAUAUUUCUAAAAUAAAAAGAUUUUGGGUUUACCUUUAUAAUAGUGUAGCUGCGGCACCAAAUACCCCUUCGACACAUGAAUCACAGUCGAACUCCGAAGGCGUUACUGCUGACAAUGAUGCAGCUGACACUGCGAACGAUGACAAACCGAAAAACGGAGCUCAAGGCGGAGCGGCAAAUGGUACUCAGGUUUUGCCAGUAUCACAUUCCAGUAGUGAUUCCAAACCUGUUAGAUUGGAUAUCGGAAUCGAAAACUGUCUUCAUAUUGAGUUCGAAUAUGCUAAAUCUCAGUACAGCUUAAAAGAAGUCAUUGUAGGGCGUAUAUAUUUUCUUUUAACAAGACUAAGAAUAAAGCACAUGGAACUAAGCUUGAUUACAAGAGAAUCCUCUGGCCUACAAACCUCCAAUGUGAUGACUGAUUCGACAGCCAUCCGAUAUGAAAUCAUGGACGGAUCUUCAGUGAAAGGCGAGACGAUCCCUAUAAGACUAUUUUUAAGCGGCUAUGACCUAACGCCUAACAUGAGUUGUAAUUACUUCAAUGUCAAAAAUUAUUUAAGUCUAGUUAUCAUCGAUGAAGAUGGUAGAAGAUAUUUCAAACAGUCGGAAAUUACGUUGUACCGAACCCGAUAG